AUUCAGGAAGACCCUACUCCAACACCUAACGUUCCAGUUAAUGAAGAUAAUGUGUCUUUGUUCUCUUUGUUGACGUGUAACUGGGUUCGUCCACUCUUGGAUAAGGGACGCAAAAGAACCAGUCUAUCUUCCAAAGACAUGUUUUCUUUGCCAAGGAGUCUUAACGUGAAAAAAGUGCAAGAACGAUUCCUUGAGAUAUUGCAGGGUAAUACUACACAUCCAGACGGACGGAGGAGGAUCUCAUUGCUGAAGGCGUUACACAAAGCCUAUGGAGUGGAUUUCUAUAUACGAUGUGGUAUAGUGGAUUUGAUAGACAAACUUAUCCGCUUCACAUAUCCUAUUUCACUGUGGAGGUUGAUUUCAUAUCUUGAAAAUAAAAAUGAACCAUCACACUUCGAGUUCGGCUACGUUUUAGCAUUAGGGUUGUCAGGUUUUGCAGUAAUGCUCGUUGACAGUAUCUAUGAAUAUAUGACCAUGCAUAUAUAUUUCAAAAUUAGGAUUUCUGUCAUGACAGCCAUAUACCAGAAGGUUUUAACAGUAAAUACCGUGUCUUUAUCACAGUUCACUUCUGGUGAAAUUGUCAAUUUUCUCGGCGCCGACACACAGAAAUUAGUGUACUUUUGUAUCCUUUUCAAUAAGGCGUGGAUCAUUCCUAUCGAAACCGCAAUAGGUAUGUAUAUCCUUUAUCAACUAGUUGGAAUCGCGUUCCUUGGUGGGCUAAUAACUAAUUUGUUACUUGUCGCCAUUAUGAAGAUAAUAUCAGCUAAGCAGAGGACGCUUGCCAAGUUACGUCUUGAACUGAAGGACAAAAGGAUGGAAUUGAUAAAUGAAGUGUUAUGUGGAAUUAAGAACAUCAAGUGCUACACAUGGGAAGAACACUUCAGGGCGCUGAUUAGCAAAGUACGUGAUGAGGAACUACAGACCUUGAAACAGAAAAAAAUUCUCGACGCCGUUACAGAAUGUCUUUCAACCAUAGCCCCAGCCGCAUUAACCAUAUUGACCUUUGGAAUCUACACUGUCAUGGGCAACACACUAACAGCAACAAAGAUGUUCACCACGCUGACAGUUUUCAGUAAACUAACAGGAUCACUGAAUCGUCUCCCUACGGUGUUUAGUGCCAUCAUCGAAGCUGCUGUAUCUCUUGAAAGGAUAGAGAAGUUUAUAGCGCUACCAAAUAUUGACUCUGAAAUCUACUACGAACCAAUACAAGAAUACAGUUCAAAAAAUGUGAUAUCAGUGAACGAUGGAAAAUUUGGGUGGGGAAGAAAGAAGUGUAACACGUCAAUGGAGAAAGGGAUUAGAAACUUCAAAUCGGAGAAAACAUCACGUUUAGAUAGUUUAACUCUUCAAAACAUCACUGUUGACAUCGUCCGUGGACAGUUCAUAGGAGUGAUUGGUAAAGUGGGUGCAGGUAAAAGUUCCUUCCUGCACGCUGUACUGGCUGAGAUGGCUCGGGAACAUGGCAGUAUUUCGGUAUCGAACCUCCAACAAGGAUUUGCACUGGCGAGUCAGGAACCAUGGAUACAACAUUCAACUAUACGAGACAACGUUCUGUUUGGCAAUCCGUUUAAUGGCAAGAAAUAUGCUGAGAUCCUGCGAGCAGUAUCGUUGCAGAAAGACAUGAAAAUGUUUCAAACUGGAGACAAAACAGAAGUUGGCGAAAAUGGUGUAACUUUAAGUGGAGGACAAAAAGCUAGGCUUGCUCUCGCUAGAGCAGUUUACCAGGAAAAGGAUGUUUAUCUUCUUGAUGAUCCUCUAGCAGCUGUUGACAGUCACGUGGCACGACAUAUAUAUGACAAGUGCAUCAUGGGAUUACUCAAGAAUAAGACCAGAAUCCUAUGUACACAUCAUAUCAAAUUUCUUGAAAAAGCGGAUCUGAUCAUUGUUAUGGAUGGCGGAGUUAUUUCCAAAGCAGGUGUUCCGUCAGAGAUCCUCGACAAUACGGUAUCUCUUGAACAACAUCCAUCAUCAGAACAGUCUGAAGCUGGAUACAUAGAAGUCGCCGACAAUGAUCCUGACGGAAAUCUUGGAGAAGACAGAGCUACCGAAGAAAUCCGUUCACGUGUGUACAAGGUCUUUUUGACAGCCCUAGGUAAAUGGUUGCCUAUUGCCGUGUUGCUGACUAUCGUCUUCAGGGAAGCGUUAGGGAAGCUAAAAGACUGGUUUUUGAUUUACUGGACAUCUGGAUUAUCAAUACCCGGCAGCAUCACUUCUGAUCCGGGAUAUCUCUGUUUCCAUGACAACAUGUCGUCCCCAACCAGCUUGGAUCGAGUGUUUGGUAUGACAGACGCUGGUGGUAGUGUGAUGUACAAUCAGUCCAGUCUUGUCUACAACAUAAUGGUGUACGGAUUCCUGGGCAUUCUCUACUCUCUUUCCUCGUUCGCCAAUGCAAUCUUGGUCAUGAAUGGUGGUCUACGUUUGGCUAAAAUUAUGCACAACCAACUACUUGAUACUGUAUUUAAGGCACCCAUGUCCUUCUUCAACGUGACACCUAUAGGCAGAAUCCUCAACCUUUUUUCUUCUGACAUGACGACCAUUGAUGAUACGCUCAGCCGUCUGAUAAGUGUGGUUUUGUGUAAACUAUUUGGAGUUGUUGGAAUUUUGUCCAUUUCGACCUAUGGAAUGCCGUGGUUCUUACUGGUUUUGAUCCCCGUAGCCGCGGCAUAUUAUCAAAUAGAGGAAAAAUACCGUCAUACAUCUCGGGAGGUGAGACGCAUUGUAACCCUAAAACAUACACCGAUCUUCUCUCAUUUAUCCGAGACAAUAUCUGGAGUGGUAACGAUCCGAGCCUUCCGCGACACAGAAAGGUUCAAAGACAAACACAUUCAUCGCAUGAACAAAUGGUUGGAGGCCCGUUAUACAGCCCAUAAUAUCGGCAAUUGGUUGUGGGUACAAACACUGAUGGUUGUAAACGUCAUGGUUACAGGGAUAGCAACUCUAGCCGUUCUGGAACAUAACAUCCACGGUAUCGAUCCAAGUAUUGUAGGACUAGCCAUUUCCUUCAUCCUGUCGUUAUCUGACCUUUUGGACGAAUUCGUCUGCUUUGCGGCAGAAGCACAGAAACAGAUGUUGAGCUUGGAGAGAGUACAGCAGUAUGUAGAAAACAGUCCUAGUGAAAGAUGGGACGGCAAAACGCCGCCCCCCACAUGGCCUGCUCUAGGCGUGGUCAGCUACAGCGACGUAUACAUGAAGUACAGGGACGAUCUACCCGACGUCCUCAAGGGUGUUACGUUCCGCACACGACACGCAGAAAAGGUGGGCAUUGUCGGGCGAACCGGGUCUGGUAAAUCCAGUCUGUUUCAAACUCUGUUCCGCACGGUAGAAAUAAACUCCGGCGAUAUCACUGUUGAUGAGGUGAACAUACUUCAACUAAACCUCAAGGACAUCCGACGACACCUGACCGUGAUUCCCCAGGACCCCUUUCUCUUCAGCGGCAAUGUAAGGGAGAACCUGGACCCCACCUCUUGUUACAGUGAUGACGAGCUUUGGAGAAUAAUAGACAAAUGUCAUCUCCGUCAUCCUGUCGACAGACUUGGAGGACUCGAAGGAGAUGUAGCCGAAAAGGGGCGAAACUUCUCUGUGGGGCAGAGACAACUGAUGUGUUUGGCUCGGGCACUCCUCACUAAAGCCAAGGUACUUUGUAUUGAUGAAGCCACGGCCAGUGUGGACCUGGAUACAGACAAACUGAUACAAGAAACAAUCCGCCAGGAGUUUAUGGACAGUACGGUGCUGACCAUUGCUCACCGUAUCAACACCAUAAUGGACAGUGACCGGGUAUUGGUGAUGGACCAGGGUCGGGUGGUAGAAUUGGACUCCCCGGGAAAUCUUCUAAAAGACACCAAGUCGGCUUUCUACCAGCUUGUACAUGGCGAAACAUACAAUAUUCAAAAUAAUAACAGACGAUAUUGA